UUUUGCCUCUCAAGACUGUUCCGUCAUUUAAUUAGAGCAUGACUAGUGUGCGUCUGGUCACUGCAGAACAACUCCAGCUUUUAGGCUGCAUUUCCACUUAGAUGCACUGUUUGUAAUGACGAGGCAGAAGAAUAAAGGAAGAACGCAGUAUUCCUGCUAUUCUGGCCUGAUUUGCAGCUGUAGCGAUGGAAUGUAUUGCUAAAGUCAAGCUGUGGAUGAGGAGAAACAGAAGCUCUUCAGGAACUAAAAAGACCGGAAAAUUGACCUGUGAAAUUGAGGAUGGGAAAUGUUAACAAGUAGAAAAGGAGUCGAGAAGUUUUAUUUUGGAGAAAGAGAUAAUGAGCUCAAAUCCCGUUGCUAAACGAGACGAGGGACAGUCCUCAAAUAUUCAACAGUCUGCAGCGAGACACCUCUAUGGUCAGUUUGAGCAAGGAAACCAGCCUGAGUAUAUGCUGAACACUGAUUCCACGGUUCACAGGGUCCAGGUUUCACCUCAAUCUGCGGUACCACAGCAACUGGCCCGGAAUAUGGCUAUAUGCAGUGAGUGGGACAGCAUUGAAGGAUUGUACCAUCGGGAGUUGGAAGAGGUCCGGGCCAGAGCUGCUCAAAUGGAGAAGACUAUGCGCUGGUGGUCGGACUGCACGGCCAACUGGCGAGAGAAAUGGAGUAAAGUGAGGGCAGAACGAAACAAGGCCCGUGAGGAAGUGCGACAGACGAGGCAGAAAUUGGAGUCGGUGGUGAAGGAGUUGGCCGCCAUGAAAAGGGAAAAGCAAGAGCUAUUAGAUGAGAAUGAAGGACUGAGGAGAGAAGCGACAGCAACUCCAGCUCUGUCAGAGACCUUGCGGGUCAGACUGGAGGAAGAUGAAGUCAAUCCUCUGGAGCAGGAACCCAUCAAAGAUGUGGAGAAUAAUAACAACGCAACUUCCCCGAAUAUAUUCACUGGCUCACCAAACAAGGGUUUUGAUAUAAUUGAAACUAUACUGAAAGAGAAACAUCAUGGAAGAGGACAAGGUCUGGAGUCUUCUGCCACCUUGAGUUUGUGUAACUCUACCAUUUGUGCUGAAAAAGCUAAGCUCCUGUUGGAAGAUGGCCUACAGCCCUUUGAGAGUGACUCCAUGAAAGCCAUAGCCCUGCAGUUUCGUUUGGAUGAAUCACAGAAAAUACUUCAAAGGGAAAGAGAGGACAAAGCCACACUUGAAAGGCAGAUUGAAAAACUGGAAGCAGAUAUAUGUCAGUGGAAGGACAAAUACGAAGACCUGAACAAAUCCAAGCAAGAGAUCCUCAAGCAGUUGACCUUCCUUCGUGAUGCUCAUCAGAAUGAGCUUGGAAGGAUCUCAGAAGAUCUGGAAGAUGAAGUUGGAGCUAGGUCUAACAUGGAUAGGAAAUUAGCUGAUCUACGUACUGAGCUAGAAAGACUUCAGGCUGAGAACACUGCUGAGUGGGGGAAACGAGAACGAUUAGAAACCGAGAAAUUGAGCCUGGAGAGGGACAACAAAAAGUUAAAAGUCCAGAUUGAAGAUCUGGAGAAACUGCUGGCAAAGCGGAGUGAACAUAACACAAACGUCAUUGAUUCAGAUUUCAAAGCAAUGCAGUGUGAGCUGUUUGAGAAGAAUAAGGAACUUUCUGAUUUUCGACAUGCCCACAAUAAACUGAAGAAGCAAUAUCAAGACAAGUUGGCAGAAUUCACCCAUUCCAAUCGAAGAGUUGAACAGCAUGAAGCAGAAGUGAAAAAGUUAAGACUGCGGGUGGAAGAGCUGAAGAAGGAACUAGCUCAUGCAGAAGAUGAGCUGGAUGAGUCGCUGAACCAGAUCAGGAAGCUUCAGCGUUCCUUGGAGGAACAGACAGAACUGAAUGACAAUCUUCAAGUGCAGUUCGAUCACUUGCAGACAAGGUUAAGAAGACAGCAGACAAGUUCGCUGUUUGGAAUGAAGCUCAGUUCAGCGUAUAACCCUGAUGACUCUGCGGAAACAAUCAGUGAAGAAGAUGACCUGGAACUUGAAGUGAAAUAAGAUGACAAAUCCAGUGUAACUGCCGUGAAAACAGGGAAACUGGUAAAAGAUCAAAAAUAAAUGACUUCUCUUCAGGGUCAUGCACCAAACAAACAACUUCUGUCAAGCAAAAUAAUGGAAUAAAAUGUCCAUACAUUUAGGAUGAAUUCAAUCAAACUUUUAGACCCAUCAGAGUUUUAAGUUACCUUUCAACAGAAAGAGAUAAUAAUUAUUUGAAACAUUGUGUUCUGCAAUCCAUCACAGGUGUGUUGAAUAUGGUAAUAUAUUUUGAACCAUAAAAAUCAUAUAUUCUGUUUAUUCGUAAAUACUCAGUGUACAGGUAACUCCACAUCAAGUGGUCUGUAAAAACUAAUACUAUGAUGUGCAAGUUGGAAUAUGGUCUUCCUGUUGCCCAUUUGAAACAAACAGUUUCUCUUCACAAUUUAAAGAGUGAAUAUGUCUGUCCUUUUCUGCUACUGUUGACUGGUUGGUUGUGAGGGCAGGUUUCAGGCCCUCAAUUCCUUGUGCAUGGCAUCCUGUCAACAUCUUCCCCUUAGAGUUGACUUAGCUGAAAAAUGCGAUGUGUGAAGAAUCACACAUUCAAAUCCAUUCUUCAAAAACUUUCUGAUGCAGGUCCAGUUCACCAUGCUAACUCAUCCUUUGUUGUUGUCAGUUUAUAUAUCCCAUUCCCUGGUAGUCACACUUUGCACAGCCUCAUGCACAAAUGAUUGCAAUUGUAUGGUGGACUAUAUUGGUACCACUGUCCUUCCAAAUUUGAAUAAUUUCCAUAAUGAAUUUUCAUGGAUUCUUAUUGUAGAAAUUUUGGAUUCCAGAGUUUCCUUUGCAUGUUGUACACUUUCUUGUUAUAUUGCUGGGCAUGAGAUUGGGUUUUGGGUGUAGGACGUCCAAUGCUGGAGUCAAAUGCAAUCACAACCCCACACUAUUUUGGAAGCAGUCAUCCAGCAGGGAUUUUCGUUGAAUCGGCCAGUGAGCAGGCUCACAUCCAAUUAAGGGGUGGGAUCUCAAAGCUGUACAGCCAAUGGGAGGCCCUUGAAUUUAGAAGGAGCAGUGGUUGCAUUUUGGUCAACUGAGAGAAGGCACUUUCCUUUUGAUUGAGGUGCUUCUCUCCAAAUAUUUAGAUUUAUAAAUUUCAAAAUAUCCUCAGCGGCAGGGUCAUCAUUCUCAAUUAGAUCCCUCUGUGCAGGUUAGGCUGGGACUGCAGGAGUAUCACAGGCAGGUUGAGGGGUUUCAAUGUCUGCUUGGAGUACCUGGUCCUCCCCCAGCUUGGUCUAUGACUGGAGGCCUCCAUGAGGCUGCUGGCCUAGUCUCCAACACCGUGGGGUGCCAGAAAACAAGCUAUAAAAUUCUAGUCAGUCUGUAACAUAAGGAUUCACUAGGUCACCACCAUUUGCAGGCACUUAGUCAUUCCAACCUGAUCCCUCCAGGAAACAGCCCAAGGAUGGGUCCACCUGACCAAAUUCCUCUUGGUUGUGUUUAAAAUGGCAGAUCAGCCCAGACAGCAGGGGGCAUAUCGCUGAGUGUGGCACUUAAGUAUAGGAUCUUCUCUUCUGGUUAAUAACAAGAGGUGGGAAAGAUAUGAGAUUUAGUGGAAUGCUGACCUCUGUUCUCAAGUUCUGAAGAAGCCAUACAGAACUUGAAACACUAUCUGUUUUCAUUUGCAGAUGCUGCCAGACCUGCUGAGUUUCUCCAGCACUUUCUGUUUUUGUUUCAUAAUGUAACUUUCCUGAUCAUAUCUGGCAAAUCUAACCUCCACCAACAACAACACAAUUUCUAAAAAGGGACAUAGCGAGCCAGAACAGAAAAUAAGGAGAAGAAGAAGGAAUGGUCAAGAAGAAUGACAAAAAAUUAAAAAUAUGGAUUUUAAGGAUAAAGAUAGAAGACUAAGGGAAAAUCAAAAGUCAGAGGAGAUGGGGGAAUUGUGAAUUUGCAGACCAUUCUGCAUUAAUAGGUGAAUGCUCAGCUAUGAAUGAUGGGAUACUGGUCUUGAGUUCAAGAAACAGAGUUCUUCUUGGUGAGGCAUUGAUACACAAUUUAUAAGGAUGGAGAAAGAGGCAGGGACCAAGUCCAUGAAGUGAUUUAAAUAGGAAGCAAAUUUGAAAUUUCAGGUGUUUGGGAGCCAAUAUAAAUGAAAGAGAACAGAAGUAGUAGGGAAUUGGAACUGAACACGAGCAACAAAGAUCACAUGAGCUGAAGUUUAUGGGGGUUGCAGAUCAGGGCGCUGGCCAGCACAGCAAUACAAUAGCCAAAAUGGGAGAUGAGAGAGGACAGAUUUCAGUCUCUGUAGCUGAUGGGCUGAUGUUAGAAUCCGUAGUCCACAAAGGACCAUAGGCAUGGCUGUCCAUUAAAAAGAGACAAUUGGUCAUAAAUUGCUUUAGGAUAAUUACUCCACAAACAUAGGGUAUGAGUGAAGAGGCAGUCCUCCAUAAAUUGUUAUGGUUGGUAUCAGAAUUGAAAUCAUACUGCUGCUUUUAUUCUGCACCAGCCUAAAGUCAUCCAACCAACUGCACUAAUCAAGCCCCUAACAGCUGAGCUGAGCUGACAGAAACAAUGGUAUUGAGGUGGACUUUCUGAUGAAAAAGCGUUGGGCUUGGCAACCCUCUCUGAAACAAAUCAGAUGUCUCGGUUAAAACCCACCUCAGUCAGUGGCCAAGUCAGAAGGUGGAAAUGGUGAACAUAUUAUAUUGUGUCAGAGGUCUUCACCAUUUUUAACCAGUUGAAAUUACAGACAGCCUGAGACUGGGUGUUUAGUAAAUGGACUAACCCACAGAGCUGGAGCUGGGUGACCUCGGCAUGGAUAUGGGAUCUAAUCUCUUAUAUUUAGUUACUAAGAGGCAGUGCAUUAUGGAGGAAGAGAAAGGAUCGAAGGAUAUUAGAGUCAAAGAGAUGAACAGCAUGGAAACAGACCCUUUGGUCCAACCCGUCCAUGCCGACCAGAUAUCCCAACCCAAUCUAGUCCCACUUGCCAGCACCCGGCCCAUAUCCCUCCAACCCCUUCCUAUUCAUAUACCCAUCCAAGUGCCUUUUAAAUGUUGCAAUUGUACCAGCCUCCAUCACUUCCUCUGGCAGUUCGUUCCAUACAUGUACCACCCUCUGCAUGAAAAAGUUGCCCCUUAGGUCUCUUUUAUAUCUUUCCCCUCUCACCCUAAACCUAUACUCUCUAGUUCUGGACUCCCUGACCCCAGAGAAAAGACUUUGUCUAUUUAUCCUAUCCAUGCCCCUUAUAAGUUUGUAAAGCUCUAUAAGGUCACCCCUCAGCCUCCGUCGCUCCAUGGAAAACAGCCCCAGUCUGUUCAGCAUCUCCCUAUAGCUCAAAUCCUCCAACACUGGCAACAUCCUUGUAAAUCUUUUCUGAACCCUUUCAAGUUUCACAACAUCUUUCUGAUUGGAAGGAGACCAGAAUUGCACACAAUAUUCCAACAGUGGCCUAACCAAUGUCCAGUACAGCCGCAACAUGACCUCCCACCUCCUGUACUCAAUACUCUGACCAAUAAAAGAAAGCAUACCAAACGCCUUCUUCACUAUCCUAUCUACCUGCGACUCCACUUUCAAGGAGCUAUGAACCUUCACUCCAAGGUCUCUUUGUUCAGCAAAACUCUCUAGGACCUUACCAUUAAGUGUAUAAGUCCUGCUAAAAAUGCAGCACCUCGCAUUUAUCUGAAUUAAACUCCAUCUGCCACUUAUCGGCACAUUGGCCCAUCUGAUCAAGGUCCUGCUGUAAUCUGAGGUAACCUUCUUUGCUGUCCACUACACCUCCAAUUUUGGUGUCAUCUGCAAACUUACUAACUGUGCCUCUUACGCUCGCAUCCAAAUCAUUUAUUGUAAAUGACAAAAAGUAGAGGACCCAGCACCGAUCCUUGUGGCACUCCACUGGUCACAGACCUCCAGUGUGAAAAACAACCCUCCACCACCACCCUCUGUCUUCUACCUUUGAGCCAGUUCUGUAUCCAAAUGGCUAGUUCUCCCUUUAUUCCACGAGAUCUAACCUUGCUAAAGGUAAACUCCAGAAUGUGAAAAUGAAGAGUAAGAAUGUCAUUUGUGAAGAUGUUCUGUCUCCGACUAGAGAUGAGUAUGAAUAAAACCUGACAAAUUUGCAGGAAACAGAGCUGCAUGUUGGUGAAAAGAUAUUGGAACUGGGUGGUGCAGUCAGUCAUGUCAAAUACUGUAGAGAUGUCAAGGAGGGUAGGGAAGGAUUGAUGGCAUACGGUGAUAAUCAUAGAGGAUGCCAUUCGUAAAUUUUGUUUGGGCUAUUUCGGAGAAAAAAUGCAAUUUGGAGACAGUCACCAUGGAGGUGUGGGAUAAUAGACAAGUGCUUUCAAAAUCUUCAAGCUCUUUCAAAAGUAGAGGAGUCUAGAGGUGAGUCAUAACAGGCAAGGAAUGAGAAAUUAAGAUUCUCUUUUGAUGGGAGGGGCUGAUGGUUGUGGUUUUAAAGGAAGAUUUCUAGCAUUGUAAUUCAUAGAGACUAGUUAUUUACAAUGUCAGCUCAUAGUAGAAAAAGAAACUGGGUAAUCAACAGCUUACUGGCUGUGGAUUCCAGAAGAUGGUCUCAGUGACAAAGAAGUUGGAUAAAAUAGAAGGGCAAAGAAAUGAAAUAUUCUAAGGAUUCAGAGCUGGAUCAAAAAGUAACCUGAGCAGAUUGGUGGAUAAGAGAAAUAAGGGGGAAGGGGCAGGAACAAUUGACCAGAUGGUUUACAAUAUUAGUACACAAUGGACCAUGAUCUCCUGACACCUUUUAGUCUGAAAGAUUUCUUCAGUCUCUGCAAUGAUCCUUUGUAGAAGCACUGAAACUCUCAUGAUUUUUUUUUUAACCAUGGUAAUGUUAUAAGUUCUUUAAUGUAAACCGUUCCUGUUCAGAAACUUUCUGUUUAAUCUGUAUUUGUUACUGAAUUAGUUAAUGAAUACUGUGGAUGCAGCAAGGUGAUACAUCUGCACCCUAGUUCAAAUAUGUGCAGUUCGGCGUGCAUUAAUUAGUGUACGUUUCCUUUCAGCUCUCUAUCACAAUGUAUUAUAGAAAGUUUCCUACACUGUAAUCCACACCGCUUAAUCAUUGUAACUCAAGCCAGCUCAAGUACUUGUUUUGUUAAAAUAAAUUGACCACUU